GUAUUUCGCCGCACACUAGCGCCACCACUUCCUGUCGACGUCAAGUGGCAGCUGUCAUUCGCUCUUUCCCAAAGUCUACGCCAUUGUGUGAGAUAGUGUUUCGUGCUAAAGACGUGAAAAUCUCCAAACAUCCAAGAUGGUGAACUUUACCGUAGACGAAAUCCGAAAUAUGAUGGACAAGAAGCGGAAUAUCCGCAACAUGUCCGUCAUUGCCCACGUAGAUCAUGGAAAAUCGACGCUGACGGAUUCUCUGGUGAGCAAAGCCGGGAUUAUUGCUGGUGCUAAGGCUGGUGAGACUCGCUUCACGGACACCCGGAAGGACGAACAGGAGCGCUGCAUCACCAUUAAGUCCACGGCUAUCUCGAUGUACUUCGAGUUGGAGGAUAAGGAUUUGGUAUUCAUCACGAAUGCCGAUCAGCGUGAGAAGGAUUUGAAGGGUUUCCUCAUCAAUUUGAUUGAUUCACCUGGGCACGUAGACUUUUCGUCCGAAGUGACAGCCGCUCUGCGUGUCACUGACGGAGCUCUCGUGGUGGUGGACUGUGUGUCUGGUGUGUGCGUCCAGACGGAGACGGUGUUGCGUCAGGCAAUUGCCGAACGUAUUAAGCCUGUUUUGUUCAUGAACAAGAUGGACCGUGCUCUGUUGGAGCUGCAGUUGGGCGCUGAGGAGUUGUACCAGACUUUCCAGCGUAUCGUGGAGAAUGUGAAUGUGAUCAUUGCGACGUAUAGUGAUGACAGUGGUCCCAUGGGGGAGGUUCGUGUUGAUCCAAGCAAGGGUUCCGUGGGCUUUGGAUCGGGUUUGCAUGGAUGGGCAUUCACCCUUAAGCAAUUUGCCGAGAUGUAUGCUGAUAAGUUUAAGAUUGAUGUGGUGAAACUCAUGAAUCGUCUCUGGGGUGAGAAUUUCUUCAAUCCCAAGACAAAGAAAUGGAGCAAACAGAAGGAGGAUGACAACAAACGUUCAUUCUGUAUGUACAUCUUGGAUCCCAUCUACAAGGUCUUCGAUGCCAUCAUGAACUACAAGAAGGAGGAAAUUGAGGCUCUUUUGCCCAAAAUUGGUGUUACCCUGAAGCAUGAUGAUAAGGAUAAGGAUGGCAAGAGUUUGCUCAAGGUUAUCAUGCGUUCAUGGUUGCCAGCUGGUGAGGCUCUACUUCAGAUGAUUGCCAUUCAUCUGCCAUCGCCAGUUGUGGCACAGAAGUACCGUAUGGAGAUGCUGUACGAAGGUCCUCAUGAUGAUGAGGCUGCCAUUGCUGUGAAGAAUUGCGAUCCCGAAGGACCAUUGAUGAUGUAUGUGUCCAAGAUGGUGCCAACAUCCGAUAAGGGACGUUUCUAUGCCUUUGGUCGUGUAUUUUCGGGCAAAGUGGCCACAGGACAGAAGGCACGAAUUAUGGGACCCAAUUACAUUCCUGGCAAGAAGGAGGAUCUCUACGAGAAAGCCAUCCAACGUACCAUUCUCAUGAUGGGACGCUAUGUGGAGGCUAUUGAAGAUGUUCCAUGUGGUAAUAUCUGUGGUCUGGUUGGAGUUGAUCAGUUUUUGGUUAAGACUGGAACCAUUUCCACCUUCAAGGAUGCUCACAACAUGAAGGUGAUGAAAUUCAGUGUGUCUCCUGUGGUGCGUGUUGCCGUGGAGCCCAAGAAUCCGGCUGAUUUGCCAAAAUUGGUGGAAGGACUCAAGCGUCUGGCCAAGUCAGAUCCCAUGGUGCAGUGCAUCAUUGAGGAAUCUGGUGAGCAUAUUAUUGCUGGAGCUGGUGAAUUGCACUUGGAGAUUUGCUUGAAGGAUCUCGAGGAAGAUCAUGCUUGUGUGCCGAUCAAGAAGUCCGAUCCUGUUGUGUCCUAUCGUGAGACAGUAUCUGAGGAAUCUGAUCAGAUGUGUCUGUCCAAAUCACCCAAUAAGCACAAUCGUUUGUUCAUGAAGGCUUGCCCCAUGCCCGAUGGUUUGGCUGAGGACAUUGACAAGGGUGAUGUCAAUAGCAGGGAUGACUUCAAGGUGCGUGCCAGAUAUUUGGCUGAAAAGUAUGACUACGAUGUGUCCGAAGCCAGGAAGAUCUGGUGCUUUGGACCCGACGGCACAGGACCCAAUAUCAUUCUGGAUUGCACAAAGGGAGUGCAGUACUUGAAUGAAAUCAAGGACAGCGUUGUGGCUGGUUUCCAGUGGGCCACCAAGGAAGGUGUCCUGGCUGAGGAGAAUAUGCGUGCUGUACGCUUCAACAUCUACGACGUGACUCUCCAUGCUGAUGCCAUCCAUCGUGGUGGUGGACAGAUCAUCCCGACCACUAGGCGUGUCCUCUAUGCUUCGGUCAUUACGGCUCAGCCGCGUCUCAUGGAACCAGUCUAUCUGUGUGAGAUUCAGUGUCCAGAAGUGGCUGUUGGUGGCAUCUAUGGAGUCCUCAACAGGAGACGUGGACACGUCUUUGAGGAAUGUCAAGUGGCUGGAACACCCAUGUUCGUCGUCAAGGCCUACUUGCCUGUCAACGAAUCAUUCGGUUUCACGGCUGAUUUGAGAUCCAACACUGGCGGCCAAGCUUUCCCGCAGUGCGUCUUCGAUCAUUGGCAAGUGUUGCCUGGUGAUCCAGCUGAGCCUAGCAGCAAGCCCUACCAAAUUGUGCAGGACACGAGAAAACGCAAGGGACUCAAGGAGGGACUUCCGGACUUGACUCAAUAUCUAGAUAAAUUGUAAUUCAUUCUUUGUUCUUCUUUAAAACAAAAUUUAAAAGAAAAAAAAAACAGAAAAAAGAAACAAAUUUAUCCUCCUCGACUUUUUUUGUGAGACAAAAAGAAAGAAAAAAAAGAAGCAAAAGAAAUUUUUGCAGGAGGAAUUCACAUGCAAACUUCAAUACACUCAAUCUUUAUUUUUUGUUAUUUUUUUAAUUGCUAACGCGCGCGAGAGAGAGGGUGAAUCCUUUGAUGGGAUGAAAGAGAGAAUUGUUUGAGAGUCGUUUCCUAUUUUUUUUCUUCUGUGUACUAGCAUUUUUGGGAUGAAGUUUUUAAUUAUUUUCCGUUUAGAAAAGUCUACCCUUAUUUUCCGCGGUUUUUUUUAGCAAUGCUCUGUAGAUGUUUAAAUUAUAUAUUAAAAAAAAGAUAAAAGAAAAUUGUACUACUCUAGAAAUUGAUGAAAGCCUGGAGAGAAGCAGCAGCAAAAAGAAAAGAAAGAAAAAAACUCCUCGAGAGAAGAUCCAAUAAAGAAGAUAAAAACGAUCAA